AUGGCUGAUAAGAUUCUCUCUGGUCUCUCCGCCAAUGCAAUCUUCAACCUCGAGGGCGUUGUUGCCGUCGUCACAGGUGGUGGUACCGGUAUCGGACUCAUGAUCGCUACAACCUUGAUCACGAACGGUGCGAAAGUAUACAUCGUUGGCCCGAAGCAAGCCGAUCUGGAUCGGACUGCUGUAUUGUACAACGAGGGUGCCGAGAAGCUAGGCGCGAAAGGGCGUCUCAUCGGUCUUGAGGGCGAUGUACGCAAGAAGUCUGAAGCUACUAGGUUGGCCAAUGAGAUCGGUUCACACGAGCCAAAUGGCAUCACGGUACUGUUCAACAACGCGGGUAUUCACCGCGGCAAGUUUCAAAAGCCAACCGAGGCCACCGCCGACGCCUUCGUCAAAGCCUACUUCGACCCUGUGUCGCAGGAGGACUUUGACGACUCUAUGAACGUGAAUGCAGUCGGCCCAUACUGGCUAACCUUCGCUUUCCUGCCGCUACUCGAAAAGUGGAAGAAGAGCCCAGGAAGUUCGAAGUUCGUACCGCAGAUCAUCAUGACCAGCAGCAUGAACGGCUGGACCAAGGAUCCUGCAACCUCGGGCAACACGUUCCCGUACAUGUACUCGAAGUCGGCGAUCGGACAUGCGACUUCAAGUCUAGCGCACGAACUUUUGCCGUUGGGUAUUCGCGUCAACGGGAUUGCGCCAGGGCUCUUCCCUUCGAACAUGUCCAAGCCUGGAGAAGCCGACGAGUUCGGCCAGGUUGUUAUUGGGGAAGACUUUGAGACCGGCUUCGCGAGCCCUGCAAAUCGUGGCGGAGGGUCGAGGCGUGAUAUGGGUUCCCUUGCGCUCAUGUUGAUCGCGAACUGGUUUAUCAACGGGGAGACCGUACUCAUUGAUGGAGGGUGCUUACUCGUACACCCAUCUUCGUACUGA